AUGAAUCUAUGGUUGAUUUUGCUGCUAUUUACGUCAAUUUUAGCUGUUAAAGAUUAUUUAUUUAAACCUUGUGAACAAAAUGGAUUCUGUAAUAGAAAUAAACAUUAUCUGAAAAAUGUGGAAUCAAGUCCUUAUAAUAUUAAUGAAAUAAAUUUUAAUAGCGAGGGUAAUUUUAUAUCUGGUAUAAUUCAUAAAUCAUUACCGUCAAGGACAGUAAAGUUGCCAUUUGAAAUAAGUAUAAUUGAGGGCAACUUUAGAUUCAAAAUGAAUGAAAAUAGACAAGAUAUUAACUCAAUUGUUAAUAUAAAUAGAUAUGAUGAAACUCCAAAAUGGGCAUUCAUAAACACGACUAAUGACCAAUUCAUAUAUAAGAAUAAAGAAAUAAUAUAUCGAGAUCAUAAAGUUGCUGUUCAAUUCAAUCCCGUCAAAUUUACAUUUUAUUAUAAGGGAAAACCACAAUUGAUUAUUAAUGAUAAACAUUUUCUCAAUUUUGAACAUCAAUUAUUGAACGAUUCAGAUCUCCUACCUUUCGAAAGUACAUACAAUACCAAUUCAGAUGAUUUCCCAGACUCGAAAAAUGAUAAAUUACCAUUAGGUAGAGAAUCAAUAGGUUUAGAUUUUACAUUAUUAGAAUUUAAUCAUUUAUAUGGAAUUCCAGAACAUGCAGAUUCCUUUAGUUUAAAAGAUACUUCAAAUUCAGAACCUUAUCGAUUAUAUAAUGUAGAUAUUUUUGAAUAUGAAACAAAUUCAAAAUUACCAAUGUAUGGAUCAAUUCCAUUAUUAGUUACAUCAAAACCAGAGGUAUCUUUAGGUAUAUUCUGGGUUAAUUCAGCAGAUACAUACAUUGAUAUAAACAAGGGUAAAGAUUCUUCACUAGUUCAUUUCAUGUCAGAAAAUGGUAUAUUGGAAUUUAUUAUCAUUAUUGAAGAAAAACCACAACUUGUAAAUUAUCAAUAUGGUAAAAUAACUGGGUUUUCAACGUUGCCUAAUUUAUUCUCACUUGGUUAUCAUCAAUGUAGAUGGAAUUAUAAUGAUGAAGGAGAUGUAUUAGAUAUUCAUUCAAAAUUUGACCAAUUUGAAAUUCCAUAUGAUGCAAUUUGGUUAGAUAUAGAAUAUGCAGAAAAUAAAAAAUACUUCACAUGGAAUAAAGAAACGUUUCCAAAUCCAGAAAAGAUGAUGUCGGUAUUAGAUAGGACUGGUCGUAAUUUAAUAGUGAUUAUUGACCCACAUAUUAAGACUGGUUAUCAAAUAAGUGAUGAAUUAUUAGCUAAAGAAAUUACAAUUAAGGAUAGUCAAAAUUCGACAUAUUUUGGUCAUUGUUGGCCAGGUGAAAGUGUUUGGAUAGAUACAUUAAAUCCAAAUUCACAAUCUUACUGGAAUAAUAAUCAUUUACAAUUCAUGAAAAAUAAUAAAAAUCUUCAUUUAUGGAAUGAUAUGAAUGAGCCUUCAGUAUUUAAUGGACCUGAAACAUCAUCACCAAAAGAUAAUUUACAUUUUGGAAAUUAUGAACAUAGAUCUAUUCAUAAUUUAUAUGGUUUAACAUAUCAUGAAAGUACUUAUAAAUCACUCAUUAAUAGAAAUUCAAACAUUAGACCAUUCAUAUUAACUAGAUCUUAUUUUUCGGGUAGUCAAAGAACAUCAGCAAUGUGGACAGGUGAUAAUAUGUCAAAAUGGGAAUACUUAAAAAUUUCAAUUCCCAUGAUUUUAACUUCAAAUAUUGUUAAUUUCCCAUUUAGUGGUGCUGAUGUAGGAGGAUUCUUUGGGAAUCCAUCAAAGGAAUUAUUAACAAGAUGGUAUCAGACUGGUAUAUUUUAUCCAUUUUUUAGAGCUCAUGCUCAUAUUGAUUCAAGAAGAAGAGAACCUUGGGUUGUUGGUGAUCCGUAUACUGGAUAUAUUAGAGAUGCAAUUAGAUUGAGAUACAAACUACUCCCAGUUUUCUAUACUUCAUUUUAUAUUAACUCAAUUAAUGGUACACCAGUUAUAAAACCGAUUUAUUAUGAGAAUUUAGAUAAUGGAGAUAUUUAUGACAUUGAUGAUGAGUUUUUCAUUAGUGAUACAGGUAUUUUAGUCAAACCAAUAACAGAUGAGGCUGAAUCCAAAGUUAAUUGGAUAAUUCCAGAUGAUUCAAUAUAUUAUGAUUUUACAAAUGGUGUAUUAAGUGGUGUUUAUAAAGAUAGAGAGUAUGGAUUAGGUGAUAUUCCAAUGUUAUUGAAAGGUGGAUCAAUCAUCCCUAUGAAAUUAAGGUAUAGAAGAAGUUCAAAAUUGAUGAAGUACGAUCCUUAUACUAUUGUCAUUGCAUUAGAUAAAGAUGGAAAAGCAUAUGGUGAAUUGUACGUUGAUGAUGGUGAGAGUUUCAAUAAUGAUCAUGCUUUUAUUAAAUUUAAAUUUGAAAAUAAGAAGUUUAGUUAUUGUAUUGAUGGGGAUUAUCUAUUCAAGCUUGAAAAAUUGAUUAUUAAUGGAAUUACAGUAACUAAUUUUAAAAACAAUACAAUUGUUGAUUUUGAUAUUGACUAUCAUGAUGAACUAUAA